AUGAAUACAAUAAAACGUGUUGGUCUCAAGUUUUUCUUAUUCAAUAGACCUUCUAUUUGGCCACAUCAUGCAGUUAGAUUUGCAGGAGAUACAAAUCCAUGCGUCCCGGAGUGUCCCCCUAUCCCGCCGUGCCCGCCCUGCCCGCCGCCGCCGCCGCCGUGCCCUCCGCCAAUGUGUCCUCCUCACUACUGCUGCCCCAGAACUAAAUACGACGUUAAUUGGGUUUACGUGAACGAUCAGCCGCCUACCACGACUUUGAGAGACUUCUUUGACCGUGCUACUCAAAUUUGGUUUUGGACGGAGCUUGUUCGAGGCUUCGCAGUCACUCUAGGACACGUGUUCAAAGAACCGGCAACUAUAAACUAUCCGUUCGAGAAAGGUCCUCUCUCUCCUCGAUUCAGGGGUGAGCACGCUUUACGUAGAUAUCCUUCGGGAGAGGAGCGGUGCAUCGCAUGCAAACUAUGCGAGGCAAUAUGCCCGGCGCAGGCUAUCACCAUCGACGCUGAAGAAAGGAGCGACGGAUCCCGCCGGGCUACACGCUACGAUAUCGAUUUAACCAAAUGCAUUUUCUGCGGAUACUGCCAAGAGGCCUGCCCUGUCGACGCCAUUGUGGAAGGCCCCAAUUUCGAAUACAGCACCGAAACCCAUGAAGAACUUUUGUACAACAAAGAAAAGUUGCUCUUCAACGGCGACCGCUGGGAGGCUGAAAUUGCCAGCAAUAUUAAAGAUAACCACCUUUAUCGUUAG